UGGAGCGCAGUGGCUACAAGUGCCGCGGCUGGUGAUUGGGGGACUUUUCCGAGGAACCGUUCGGGGGCUAGCGCGCGGUGCUGGAGCCGCACCGAGUGGCCCAGGCAGGAGAAUUUCCAGAAGCUGCUGGGGGAUGUCUGACUAGCUCAGAUGGAGCUCCACUCCCUUGCUCAGAAGAGCAGCCAGGCAGACCUGUGUGAUGCUGUAGACUGCAGUUCAGAAGGGCCUCCUGGGGACCAGGCAGAUGCAGCAGCCACUAGAGCUGCCCUCUGCUGCCAGAGACAGUGCACAUCAACACCAAGGGCAACAGAGAUGGAAGGGUCUAAGCUUAGCCUUUCCCCAGCGUCACCGUCCUCCUCUCUGCAGGACAGUGUUAUUCAGCCAGACUCCUUCCCACCAGGACCUGUCAACUCUGGGAACAACCAAAUAACAGCAGAACAGAAAGUCUGCAACUGCUGCAGCCAGGAAUUAGAAACUUCUUUUACCUACGUGGACGAGAAUGUCAACUUGGAGCAGUGGAACCGGAGCUUCCCUUCAACAAAAGGCAGUAAUCACCCAGGAACUCUUGGCUGGGGAAAUCCAAAUGAGUGGCCCCAUGAGGCUGCCAUGUCCUUGAUAUCUGAAGACGAGGACGAUACAAGUUCUGAAGCCACGUCUUCAGGGAAGUCAGUAGACUACGGUUUCAUCAGCGCCAUCUUGUUCUUGGUCACUGGGAUCUUGCUAGUGAUCAUUUCUUACGUUGUCCCACGGAAUGUGACUGUGGACCCCAACACCGUGGCCGCCCGGGAGAUGGAACGCUUAGAGAAGGAGAGUGCAAGGCUGGGGGCUCACCUGGACCGUUGUGUGAUUGCUGGACUCUGCCUCCUCACGCUUGGGGGUGUUGUUCUGUCCUGUUUGCUCAUGAUGUCUAUGUGGAAGGGGGAGCUCUAUCGUCGAAACCGAUUUGCCUCUUCUAAAGAGUCUGCAAAACUGUACGGUUCUUUCAACUUUAGGAUGAAAACCAGCACUAAUGAAAACACACUGGAACUGUCCUUGGUAGAGGAAGAUGCUCUUGCUGUACAGAAUUAAUUCCGGUCGUGAAUUUCCUGAGGGCCUGCCUUGGCAUUUUGUAUGAAAAAACAAACAAACAACAGGAAAAAAAACAGACAGAUUUCUUAAAAUUAACAGUGUAGUUUAUUUGCCUGGCAAGAAAAGCUGAUUCCCCAAACCAAUAGCCAAUGAGUGUUUUUGUUCAUGAUGUAUCUUUUAUUUACAAAGAAAGCCAUGUAAGAUGCAUAAGAGGAGCCCUGGUGGUGCAGAGGUUAAAGCACUCAGCUGUUAACCAAAAGGCGGCUGGUUCUAACCCACCAGCUGCUCCAUGGGAGAAAGAUGUGGCAGUCUACUUUCAUAAAGAUUACAGCCUUGGCAGCCCUAUGGAGCAGUUCUACUCUGUCCUGUCAGGUUGCUAUGAGUCAGAAUCGACUCGACAGCAGUGGAUUUGGUUUCCUUUUUUUUUUUUUUAAGAUGCAUGAGAAACCACAACCCGUCUACACCUUUCCUUCUAAAGAGCUGUGAUUGCCAUCAGCCUCUGCUUCUAUAGCAAAGGAUUUCUAAUGACUUGACGUACAAAUGAUUUCUUUUACUUGAAUAUGGGAUAUUUUUGGACACUAGGAGGUCCUACACACAGAAUCAGUUGGUAAUCUCUUUUGUGAAAAUGAACUUAAACAUUAAUCACUUAAUAAGUCUAAUGUUUAAUUCUCAAAGGUGCUUAUUCAUUUUCUUGCUAAUUUUUUUCUUUUUUGUAAUUUGGCUAAGUACUAAAAUAGAGUUUUGAGUUUGAGUAUUUUAAAGCUUAAGGAUUUCAGUUAAAAAAAAAAGUUUAAAAAAUAUGUUACAUUUGAAAUUAUUCUUGUACUCAGAAGUGAUAAUAAAGUCAUUAGGGUAAAAAGAAAAUUAUGUAAAUCAUUAUCAGGCGAAUCUGGAUUUAACCCAAAGCAGUAGCACUGGGUAUUAGCCAAUGUCACAUGCUUAUCAGCUAGAUGAAGUAAAAUGAGGCUGAUCUAAAUUUCAUUUUCUCUUUGUGGUUUUGCCAUCAUUCUGGUUACCAGCACUCCUGAAAUCUUUUCUGGUGCUCACACCAGCAUGGCAGUGUGUGAGGCAUUUUUAACAUAUUUUCAGACGUCUAAACAUCUAGGCAGCUCUGAGUCAUGGUUGGCUCAGGCAUGAUCCCAGACGACAUUUUGUUUUUGUUGUUUGAAGAAAACCUCCAAUACGUAGCAGCCAGACUCUUGGGAACUGUGCCUCGCACAAUUUCUCUAUAGGCCAAGCAGCAAGCCGUUGCCCAGGAUGGCAGCCAUUGUUAAACCCACAGUCAAAAAAAUAAAAAAGGGAGAGUGAAAGGUUAAAUUCACUGAUUCAUUGGAACGGCACUCAGCACCUGAACCCAACAUCCCCCCUACAAUAGUUUAGACAUUGUCUGAGCACCUUUUAUGUAGGCCCCUCAGUAAUGGUGAGCUCUUGCCUCAUGACCUGCAGACUCUCGCUCUGUGGGAGGCAUGAUGGGCAAAGUGGUCACAACUUUACAAAAUGCACACCAGGAUCUGACACACUGUCGGGAUAUGAUAAGAGUUCAGGAGGGGUUGGGAAAUGCAGUUUCAGAAAUAUCUUGUGUUUUUCAGCUACUCCUUGAGGUGUUUCCAACCUCUCCUGCUGUAGUUUUUUACCUGCCAUUACUCUGUUAGCAGGAUCAGCGGGGUCAUUCCUCAACAGGACUGGAACCGGGUAUUGAGGUGGGAGAGUGAGAAUGAGGGUGAGAAAAUGAGAAAGUGAUUCUCUUUGUGAAUUCUAAAGCCUCAUUCUUAUGUCUGCAGUAUGUGUUAUUGAGGACUGUGGAAUCACGGGUGACUUUGGCUGGCCGUGUGUGAGUAGGGAUAAUUACGUGAAUGAAUUAAUGUGAAUUAUUGUGGGUGUCAGAGAGAGGAGACAGGUAUUUGAAUUUUUCUGUACCAAUGAGAAAUUAUAUGGACAGCAGAAGAAGCUAGAUGAUGCUCAGUUACUUUACCCUGCUGAACAGUACUGACUCGUAAAUUCAGAAAGAAUGGGAACAAUGUAAACAUCAUUUUUGUUUUCUAUUGCUGACUGUGCGUUUUGAACACACUUUUUGUUUUACUGUGACUCUCGUGUCACAGUUUGUGUGGAAGCCACCUUACCAGCACUGAAAGCUUUAUAUUUGUGGGGGUUUAUGAAUCUUCAGUUUCUAGCCUGCUCGAGGACCCAUUUGGUUGGUGUUGAGGGAGGGAAAGUCUACAGCUUGGCUGAGUUAGUAGGUCUGAGCUGUGCCUUUUUAAAAAAAUGCAUGUUUAUUCAUAGAAGCAAAGUAUAGGUAACUGAACUUUGUUUUUAUUUUUUGGUGAAACAGGAUUAAUUAAACAAAUGGCAGACUAAACCAAAUUCAUGUGAGGCCUCAUUUUCAGUUUAUGAAGGAAGGUCAGUUUGAGAAUCAAGUGUUAGGAAAUUUUUCAGUUUUGUAAAACUGAUGAUAAAGGAGAAUGACCAGUGCUUUUCAUUUGAAGGCAUUUAAUGAAUCUUGCAUUGCUACCAAAUUAUAUAUAGAUCUGAUGUGAUCUAAAGGCAACAUAAAAAAUGCAAAUUAGGAGAAGAAAAUGUCUAGGGUGGAAAAAAAAAAGACCUCACAAUCCAGAACAUACUUCCUCUUCCCCAAGACCUCUGUAAAUAUUUUCUUAAAAUUUAAAAUUCGUAUUUAUUUGGUGAAUGCAUGUUUCAACAAUACUGAAAUCUGCUCCUAUAGAAAACACACCUCUUUACUUUUAAGGCUUUAUUUAUAUGAAGGCAAACCCUUACACCAAGAAGCACUUGGAAAAUCAUCUGAAUGUUUCCUUUAGUGCCGUAUUGAUAUAAUCCAGAUAAUUGCCUUAAUUAACUUGUCCCCAGGACUUCAGUUUGCAUAGCCCUAGUCUUUUAGUCUGUCUCCUGCCAGGGCCUGAAUGCAGGAUUGGUUUCUUAUUAUUUACAGGGAUGUUAAUGAAGCAAAGAAAAGCCAUGAACUUUAUAUACUGUGGUUUCCAACAGUUUUUUGGCUCUGAAUGCAUUUAUUUAGAAGUACUUUGGCAAGACCAGGUGAUAAACAUUACAGACAUUGAACAGACAAUAGCUAUGGUGUUGGUCUUGGAUCCUUCCUGGAGAUUUAUGACCUCACAUCUAUCUCUUCUACACGGUGCUGGUUGUUAUUGCUGAAGUUUUUUAUUGCGAGACCUGGAGAAGCAAAAAAAAAAUUUUUUUUCAAAGAUCCGUAGUUUAGGUCUUUAGCUUAUUCAUCAGGCUUUAGAAAUCUAAACUCAGAGUCACCUUCCUAAUGUUAAAGAAAAGGCAGUUUAUGCUUCAGCAUUGACUCCAAAAUGAGUGAGUAUCAGAAAGAAAGUUGCCUUUUUCUGUUACUACUGGGAUCUAAACAGCAACAAAACCAAACCAAACCCAUUGCCAUCAAGUCAAUUUCGAUUCAUAGUUACCCUAUAGGACAGAGUAGAACUGCCCCAUAGAGUUUCCAAGGCUGUAGUCCUUACAGAAGCAGAUCAAUAGGUCUUUCUCUUUUUGUGGCUGAUAGGAUUGAACCAAUGACCUUUCUGUUAGCAACCAAACACUUAACCACUGCGUCACUCAGUGCUCUUUUACUGGUAUCUACAGUCUGCAAAUGACAGUUGAAGCCUCCUAACGUCUUUCCUGGUGGUGUAGUGGUUAAGUGCUAUGGCUGCUAACCAAAAGGUUGGCAGUUCGAAUCUACCAGGUGCUCCUUGGAAACUCUGUGGGGCAGUUCUGCUCUGUCCUAUAGGGUCACUAUGAGUUGGAACUGAAUCAGCUUGAUGGCAACAGGUUACUGUCUUUUAUAGGAGCCCUAGUAGCACAGUGGUUAAGCCCUCAGCCCUAGAGGGUGGUAGUUUGAACUCAUUAGCCACUCUGGAGGUGAAAGAUGUGGCAGUCUGCUUCCCUAAAGAUUAUAGCCUUGGAAACCCAAUGGGGCAGUUCUACUGUGUCCUAAAGGGUCACUAUGAGUCGGAAUGGACUCACUGGCAGUGGGCUUAUUUUGUGGGUUUUUUUUUCAGAUGUCUUUUAUAAACCAGUCCUUUUUUUUUCUUAUAAUUUUUAUUGUGCUUUAAGUGAAAGUUUACAAAUCAAGUCAGUCUCUCACACAAAAACCCAUGUACACCCUGCUACACACUCCCAAUUACUCUCCCCCUGGUGAGACAGCCUGCUCUCUCCCUCCACUCUCUCUUUUCGUGUCCAUUUCACCAGCUUCUAACCUCCUCCACCCCCUCAUCUCCCCUCCAGGUAGGAGAUACCAACAUAGUCUCAAGUGUCCACCUGAUCGAAGAAGUUCACUCCUCACCAGCAUCCCUCUCCAAUCCAUUGCCCAGUCCAAUCCAUGUCUGAAGAGUUGGCUUCAGGAAUGAUUCCUGUCCUGUGCCAGCAGAAGGUCCGGGGGCCAUGACCACCAGGGUUCCUCUAGUCUGAGUCAGACCAUUAAGUCUGGUCUUAUGAGAAUUUGGGGUCUGCAUCUCACUGCUCUCCUGCUCCCUCAGGGGUUCUCUGUUGUGUUCCCUGUCAGGGCAGUCAUCAGUUGUAGCCAGGCACCAUCUAGUUCUUCUGGUCUCAGGAUGAUGUAGUCUCUGGUUCUUGUGGCCCUUUCUCUCUCUUGGGCUCGUAAUCAGCUUGUGUCCUUGGUGUUUUUCUUUCUCCUUUGAUCCAGGUGGGUUGAGACCAAUUGAUGCAUCUUGGCUGUUGCUAGCAUUUAAGACCCCAGACACCACACUCUUCAAAGUGGGAUGCAGAAUGUUUUCUUAAUAGAUUUUAUUAUGCCAAUUGACUUAGAUGUCCCCUGAAACCAUGGUCCGCAGACCCCUGCCUCUGCUACUCUGGCCUUCGAAGCAUUCAGUUUAUUCAGGAAACUUCUUUGCUUUUGGUUUAAUCCAGUUGUUCUGACCUCCCCUGUAUUGUGUGCUGUAUUUCCCUUCACCUAAAGUAGUUCUUAUCUACGAUCUAAUUAGUG